AUGCAUCAGUUCCAUUUGCUAAUUACAGGUGAAAAACCAUUCUCCUGUCCAGUCUGUCUGCGUCCAUUCUCACAAAGUUCAUCACUGGUCACUCAUAAAAGGACACAUACUGGCGAACGGCCGUAUCCAUGUGCGCACUGUGAUAAGGCAUUCACUGAUAGUUCAACACUUACGAAACAUCUUCGAACUCACACAGGACAAAAGCCAUAUCAGUGUUACAUGUGUCUGAUGCGAUUCACGCAGUCCGGUAAUUUGCACCGCCAUAUGAAAACACAUCGAAGCCAGCCAUGA